UCCGCGCUGCCCGUGCGCCCACCUGGCCAGCCGCCGCGCUUCGUCCCCGCCGGCUCCGCUUCGCCAUUGGCUGCGCCGCGCUCCGUCCGGACACUCCUCCCGCUUGUGGCUGUUGACUCUGGGACACUGCGAGUUCUCACCGAUGGGAGAGUUCGCUGCCUGCCUGUAACUACCGUGCUCUGGCCCUGCGCACACCCGCGCUAGCUCUGCUUUGCCGUCACCCGUUGCUACCUCCAGCCGUCCGUCCUUGAGCCCAGUGCGGGCUCGCCCCGGGCCCUGGCUGACCGACCUCUAGCGCUGCGGGGUCGGUCACCUGGUACCUGGUACUUGGUCCCUUCCGCUGGGCAGCGCCUUCCACACCCUCUGUCGGAGCUGAGGCCAUGUGGCUGUUUCCUCGGCGGCCGUCCUCCCACCUCCCAAUCUCUGCACUUUUCUCCUCUAGCCUUAGAGAACGCAAGGUCUCCCUCCCGGUGACCCCUGGCCGAUGUGAUGUUGGUGGCUGUCUCGGGCUUCCCCCCAGGCUUCCAGUGCCGCGGCGGCAGCUACGCUGUGCCCCUCGCCUGGCGAUGCGACGGUGACCCGGACUGCCCUGAUGGCAGCGAUGAGGAGGAGUGCAAGACCGAGCCGUGCACCCAGGACGGGCAGUGCUCCCCGCCCGGGGGCAGCCCUUGCUCUUGUGACAGCAUCGAUGACUGCCCCGAUGACAUGGACAAGAUCCUUCUCAACUGUGGCCGCCAGCCCUGCCCGGCUGGGGAGUUCUACUGCCUGCUGGACAGCACCUGCAUCCUGCACACCUGGCUCUGUGACGGCCACCCCGACUGUUCCGACUCCAGUGACGAGCUGGGCUGUGGAACUGAGACCCCCCAGCAAGGCAUGUCUGUGACCUUGGAGAGCGUCACCUAUUUCGGGAAUGCCACAGCCACCUUUGUCAGGAACCAGGACUCCGUCCCGUCUGGAAACCGAAGUGCCUAUGGGGUUAUUGCAGCUGCUGUGGUGCUAAGUGCAGGCUUGGUUGCCGCCAUUCUGCUCGUGUUGUCCCGGCUCCUGUGCCCGCCGGGGCUGCUGGCGGCCGUGAAGGAGUCCCUGCUGGUGUCAGAGAAGAAGACCUCGCCGCUCUGACGGGGAGCUCUCGCCAUCAUGGUGCCGGGGCCCUGGGUGUGGCAGCCGUGGGGAGUGCAUGCGGCCGCUGGCACACCUGGCUCAGCUAUGGGCUCUUCCGACCACAGCACUGCAGACCGAGUUCCUGUGGACUUGACCCUGGAGAUUGGAUGAGCCCCUGAAUGUGGGGAGCCUGGAUGGGAACAUGCCCCACUGGGGUGGGCCCCAGACCGCUCCAGAGUGGCCUGCCAUAGACACUGCUCCUGCCAUAGACACUGCUCCUGUCCUGCCCCGUCUGAGGGCGGGGAUUAAAGUGAUUUUGCAUCAUC